AAAACAAAAAGAAAAAGGAAAAUUUAGGAAAGAGAAGUUGAUAGCCCUUUGAAAAUUCGCAGUGAUAAAGUAAGAAAAUUGGCUUCCAACGAUCGUCAUCAUCGUCGUGGUCACUUUGAGUUCUUGGUGCGAGUAACAAUGGAGAAAGGGAAAAGCACCAGCAAGAACAAGAAAAAGAACAGGCCAGCAUCCUCAAGUGCCAUAACUAAGGAGCAAUUCGUUUCCACCAUGACCCCUUUAAUUGAUUUGGAAAAGGGUGCUGAACUAUCAGUUUCUAUGUGCUCUGCUGAAACGAGGAGUUUGGAUUCUGCUCAGAAGAAGGGCUCUACUAUUCUUAAUUUAAAGUGUGUUGAUGUCCAGACAGGUUUAAUGGGCAAGACGCUUCUGGAGUUUCAAUCAAACAAAGGGGACAUCCUUCCGCCUCACAAGUUUGGCACUCAUGACAUUGUUGUUCUGAAACCAAGCAAAGCUGUUUUAGGAUGUCCUGCACUUGGACAGGGAGUUGUCUACAGACUAAAGGACUCAUCUAUUACUGUUGCAUUUGAUGAUGUCCUAGAAGAAGGUCUGAAUAAUCCUUUACGCCUUGAGAAACUGGUAAAUGAGGUGACUUACCGUCGGAUGAAAGACACAUUGAUACAAUUGAGUAAAGGUGUGCUGAAAGGACCUGCCUCUAACUUAGUUCCUGUCCUUUUUGGGGAGAGACAACCAACAAUGUCUAAGAAGGAUGUCAAUUUCACUCCUUUAAAUCGCAACCUUGAUCACUCGCAGAAAGAUGCCAUUUCGAAGGCGCUUUCAUCCAAGGAUGUAUUUUUGCUGCAUGGGCCUCCUGGAACUGGGAAAACAACCACUGUUGUUGAGAUUAUUUUGCAGGAAGUCGAACGUGGUUCAAAGAUUCUUGCAUGUGCUGCUUCAAAUAUUGCUGUUGAUAACAUUGUUGAGAGACUUGUUCCACACAGAGUGAAAUUGGUGAGAUUGGGACAUCCUGCACGUAUGCUUCCACAAGUAUUGGACAGCGCUCUAGAUGCCCAGGUUCUACGUGGUGAUAAUAGUGCUCUUGCAAAUGACAUCCGCAAGGAGAUGAAGGCAUUGAAUGGGAAAUUAUUAAAAGCUAAAGAUAGAAAUGCAAAGAGGGACAUCAGGCGGGAACUCAAGUCUCUUUCCAGAGAAGAGCGUAAAAGACAGCAGCUAGCAGUAGCAGAUGUUAUUAAGAAUGCAGAUGUAGUGCUGACGACAUUGACUGGGGCAUUGACCAAAAAGCUGGAUGGUUUAUCAUUUGAUGUGAUUAUUAUUGAUGAAGCUGCUCAGGCACUGGAAAUAGCAUGCUGGAUUGCUUUAUUGAAGGGUUCAAGGUGUAUAUUGGCUGGAGACCAUCUCCAGCUUCCUCCAACCAUUCAAAGUGUAGAAGCAGAGAAGAAAGGGCUGGGAAAGACACUUUUCGAACGUUUAGCAGAUUUAUAUGGAGAUGAAAUCAUGUCAAUGCUCACUGUUCAGUAUCGCAUGCAUGAACUGAUUAUGAACUGGUCAUCUGGAGAGCUGUAUGAAAAUAAGAUUGAAGCCCAUUCAAGUGUUGCUAGCCAUAUGCUAUAUCACCUUGAGGAUGUGAAGAAAUCACCUUCCACAGAAAAUGCCCUUCUACUCAUAGACACAGCUGGGUGUGACAUGGAAGAAAAAAAGGAUGAGGAAGAUAGCACAUUAAAUGAAGGUGAAGCUGAGGUUGCCAUUGUCCAUGCAAAGAGACUUGUUGAAAGUGGAGUCCAAGCUUCUGAUAUUGGACUAAUCACUCCUUAUGCGGCACAGAUGGUUGUGCAGGUCGUUUUCUUGAAAACUCUCAAAAGCUAUGUAGAAAAAUUAAAAGAAAUGGAGAUUUCCACUGUUGAUGGUUUCCAGGGUCGAGAAAAAGAAGCUAUUAUCAUUUCUAUGGUUCGAUCAAACUCAAAGAAAGAGGUGGGAUUUCUUAGUGACAGAAGGAGAAUGAAUGUUGCUGUGACACGAGCAAGGAGACAGUGCUGUCUUGUAUGUGAUACUGAGACAGUCAGUGGUGAUAAAUUCUUGAAGAGGUUGAUUGAGUACUUUGAGGAGCAUGGUGAAUAUUUGAGUGCGUCUGAGUGCGGAAAUGAUUAGGAAUCUUGGUUAGAAGCAUCACUAUUAGUUGCCUGUUUUCAGUGCUGCAAACAGUCAAGAGAGCUCCAAAAUCCAUGCUGCUUAAUAGUUUGUAGUUGUAGGUUGUCAUCUGGGAUCAGGGGAUCAGGUCAUGAAAUGUCUAAAUCACCUUUCUUGUACUCUGCUAAAGUUUUUACUUGAUGUCUCAAUUUUUUAAGGCCAGUUUUUACUUGAUGUACUAUGUGAUUAUACCUACAUUGAUGUAAUUUGUUCUCGGAGGGAAGUCGUACUUUUAUUUUCCCCUA